AUGCUUAACCUCGAAUUAAAAUUUAUAAAAAAGGAGCUCUUAAAUGUUUCAGUUCAAGAUGAGCAAAGUGUCCCAGAAAAACUCGUGCUUGGAAGUUUGCGCUAAUUAAAAAAAGGCGAAAUAUUCGACCGGAAUAAGAAAAAUAAAUUCCUAAGCUUCUUUUUCGAGUUGAGAAUAGUCAAUAGAAUCAACAAAAGAGGAAAAAUUUUUUUGAUCAUGAAAGCCUUUUUUUAAGUAAUCAAAAAAAUUGUAACACACAAAUACAAGGCUUACAACUUGAUCUCAAAAUUAUUUCAUCGAAGAGAAAAAGAAAAAAAAUGAAACAGAUUUGACAACUUGUGCCGCCUUCACAUCUAGUCUUCAUCUUUGAAACAUUCCAAACUUGGUUCAAAUAUUGAAAAAAAAAUAGUGAGACCAUUAAGAUUAGAAUCGGAGAGAUGAAAAUCCGAGCAUUUUUUCUUUUCUACAUAGUUUUGUUUGAGAAAUAGAAUUUCUUGAACCUCUUGCUCGCCGAUAACCCUUGUUUUCGGCAUUUUAACGAAUUAUUUCAGAUAGAUUUCAAGAGACUUUGAGAAAUACCUAAUUUCAAUCUAAAUAAAAAUGAGACUUGUGCCAGUUUGAUGGCAUCGCACAGAAAGAAACUUAUGAGAAAUAAAAAACUAUAUCACAGGUUAAAAAGUUAUAAAAGCGUAUUUUACAGGUCCAUACGUCGAGACCAGGGAGCGCGGAGUCCAAGCCGCAGACAAGGCGGAAGAGGAGAAGGAAAAGGAGAAGUUGGAACUUCUCAAAAGGUCGUAUUUUAUUUUUUAAAAAAAUCCGUUUUUCAUUUAUAUAACUAUCCCUUAUCAAAAAAAGUUUCCUUCGCAUUUUUUUCAAAAACAACACUCUACAAAAAAAUAAUUGAUCUAUCGCUUUUUUUAGCAAGUGAAUUAUGAAAUAGAGAAGAAUAGAUAAAUAUUCAAAAAAAGUUUUAGGUUACCAAAAGGGAUGUAAUAACCUUUUAACUAAUUCAGUAUCAUUUCAGAGAAAAGGAAGAAAAAGAGAGGCGUCUGGAGGCCGCGACGGCCGAGAACGCAAGCCUGACGGCGAAUCUGGCAAGGUCGUCGCUGGAGCUCCAAGCCUCUCUUGGAAUAGGUCUUUUUACAAUUUUAAACAUUUCUCAAUGAAAUAAUUUCCAGAAGAAGAGCUCCGCCAGGAGAACUGCUUCCUUCGAGCCCAGCUCGAGGAAGCAAACGAAGCUCGGAGGCGCCUGGCCGCCCAAUUGGAGGUUACUUCAAAACUAUAGAAUAAUCACUCAUACAAGCUUGGGUCAGCAUCUGCUGCCCCAAAUACCCUAAAAAAAUCUCCAUGUGACAUGUUGAACUCUUCAAUAAUACUUUUUGUCAAAAAAAUGCGAGAAUAUUUCGUGGAGAAAAAAAUAAUAAAAAUAAAAAAAGUGAACUAUUCUGGAGUCAUUCCCAUAGCUCUCCAACAAGUUUCGAAAUAUUCAAACUGCUUGAUGAAAGUUUACUUGGAAACUAAACUUUAAUUUCGAAAACAAACUUUAACUUUUUUAAAUUUCCGUUCGAAAAAAUAGAAAAGUAUUCAAUUUAAAUCAAUUCAGGCAGCCCUCGGAGCCCUCGACAUCCCGGUCGAGCCCGAAAUGGUGAGAUUUAUUUUUGAAAUAAUAACUUGAGUAAUAAUACAGCUUGCCGUAAAACUGAGAAAGAUCUAUUUUAAAGUUGAGUGUCUAAAUUCUGGAGUAAAAUCGAAAACUAGAUUCUAUACUUCAAAACUGCUUCUUUCUCACAUUAUUCAUACUAACAAAAAAAGUUUUUAUAUAAAUAUACGAACCUUUUGCUAGAUAAUGAAAGAAAUGAUUAAAUUAAGGCUGAGGAAGUGCCGCCGGAAGAGGACCCCCAGGACCAAGGCGCUCUUCUUCUCGCCCCUCAGGUGAGGAUUUUUCACAUGAAAGUUGCUGUCGUGAGUCACAAAUUUGAAAACAAAAUCUUUGGGGAUUUCACGAGAAGGUUCGAGUAUCUGUCUCGACAUGAAGUUUAGCGCUUUCAAACUCUUCGAAAAUUCUUUUUAUAAUACCUCGAAAAUAGAAAGUUUAUUGAAAAAUAAGUAAACUGGAGUCGCCAAACCAGCUUGCGCUAACAGUUUCUAUGUAUUUUUCCAUUCUGAAACAUGAAAAAAGCUCAAUUAAAACACUCAGACAGAAACUUUCCUAAAGUAUCUGGAAAGAACUUGGAGCUUUUUGAAUUUCAACUUCGAAAGUUCAAGUAUUGGUGACAAUGAAAAACAAAAGACAAAACGGCUUCGUAUCCUUUUUGGAAAAGUGAUAAUGUGACUCGCUUGACUGCCAAAUUGUAAAAGGCGGGUUCUGUGGAGUCAAAACAAUUCAUUUACUCACCUUAAAUCAAGUUCGCAGGUCCGGAACACCUUUUCCUCUGUUCGAAUCAUCUUUUCGGUGCUCUUUCAAUUCAUUUUUAUUCGUCUUUUCACACUGUUUUCAAGAUAAAAUAUCAAUAAUAGUCAAAAAUCAUCUCUCCAAGCGAAGUAAAACUGAAAAGACUGUUUUUAAUCCAUAAAAGCUUUCAUAUCAAUUCACAGAACCAAAAAAAAAAGUUCAAUCGUUUUGAAUUUUGCAAUAAACUACUUUCAAUAACAUACUUGUUCUCGCUUCCGUAAUGGAAUGAUUUUGAUCAUUGAUAUUUCCAUCGAAAAUGUGUGAAAAAAAUUCAAAAAUUUCAUAUUUUUUUAAGAAAUAAAAGGGGUUUCGAGUCACGGUAAUGUAAAAGAUCUGGCGUUGAGGUUUCUGAGAAUGAAAGUUUGAAGGAAAAAAAGCCAGAGACAUUUCGAACGACGACUUUUCCGAUGAGAAGUUUCCGACUAAUCCUUUCCCGACCUUUUUCCAUAUAUUUUUCGGUUUCUGAAAAUUAUUUUAAAAAUCGAAAAAGUCGACGUUCGAAAAUUCCUUGUCUUUUACUUCAUACCUCCAAAAACUAAUGAAUAGGGAAAAAAAGCUUCACAUCAAUUUUAUAUCCCUCAGACUUAAAUACUUGAAUAAAAAAAGUUAAGGUCGACCGGAGAAGGCGCUCUUCUUCGGAGGGGAGCCAAAGAUCUUCCAAAAGAUCUCGAGAAGAAGAGCCGGCCACCCCGGGAGACUCGCCCCGGAGUCGCGACGUCUUCCUGACGCCGGAACGUGGCGUUGAGCAUGCCAGAGAUGGCCCUGACGUCAUGUCCGGCCAGGAAGACGAAGGGGAAGACGGGGAGCAGCUGAUGGAAGAGGAGGACGAAAUCGUUCCUGAGAGCGAUGGAGAAGAAGACGCGGGAACGUCCUCCUCUUCCAGCUCGACUUCGACGAGACCGCCGCUCUCUCCGCCAACGACGCCGCCGAGGACACCGUCGCCACCGGUCCAGCAGAUGACGCCGCCAGUCCUGCCAACCAGAAAAGUUAGUUUUGAAAGAAUAAUAAUCAUCGAUACUGACAAGAAAGAUUCCUGAACGCAUUCAACCAGUGAAAUUUCAAAUCUCUAUAAAUCCUAUACAGCUUCCUUCUCAAAUUUAACAAUGUACGUGAUACGCAGUUUUUUGAACAAAAAAAAUGUGAAAUCGCCAUUUUCUUUGUCAAAAGAAGUAGAGAACUGGGGGAAAAAUCCGACAUUUAUAAAAUGACAUUCAUGAAUUCAUCAAAUUCUUUAGAAACUUUGAUUUCUCUUUGCAAUAGAAUACAUUUGAAUUACUUUUAGAUGAAUAAAAAAAUCAAUAAUAAAUUAUUUUUUUUCAUCAAUAUUAGUAUAUCAAGAAAAAAGUUCAACAACAAAAAAACAUUUAGAUAUAAAAACCAACCUUUUUUUCCUCAAACUUGAGCUGCUUAUAUUUCCAGCUUCUCAUACUUCAAUCCAAUAUUUUUUUGAAGAAAAAGCCAGCGCUGAUUACGUUUAACAAUAACAUCAUGAAAAAAACACUGUAUCGGCAACGAGUUUGAUAAAGCAUAAGUUUGAACGAUUUGAAAUAUUCUCUGAUUGACCAACAAUAUAUAAAGUUCAAUUGAAAAAAAUUCACAAAAAAAGAUUUGGUUGGUUUUAGUAGUUUUAUUUCAUGAAGAUUCCAAUACAAACGAUGUCUUUGCAGCCUCGGCGCAAGCAGGCGGUCAUGGGGACGGUCAAAAGGUCGGCCAGAAUCGGCAACAGGCUGCCCGGUCCCCAGCCGAGGGCGCCUGUGGCCGCGCCGUCGAUACCCAUGGCCGUGCUCGGUCCACAAUCGGCCGCCGAGGUUCGCGACACCAUCCGCGAACGGUUGGCCGACUACAACAGCGGUCGGUUCAUCCCGGACUUGGGGGCGACGCUCAGCCUGGGAAGGCUCCUCACCACGGCAAUCAGGCUUUCGAGGUGUCUCCCGCCGUCUCUGAAGGAAAUCAGAGACCUCGAAAGUCUGAAAGAUCGUCUCGCCAGACUUUGUUGA